GUUUAUUUGGUGUCGUCCAAGAUUACUGUCUGCAAUGCUCUUUUUCGUCAAUCGUUAUUUUGCCCUGGUCGGCAAUAUCUUUGGUUUGAUUAUUGAUUUCCUGCCCGCCGUUUCGUACGAGAUGAUUUCGUCAUGCACUUACCCGGAUAGCAGGCUCACAACUUAUUUCUGCAGAGAGCUAUUCCUUUUUCUUCAACAAAUCACUGUUUGCCUUACAUUGACUCUGCGCAUUUAUGCCCUGUACAAUCGUAGCAGGCGCCUGCUUAGUUGCAUGGUUAUCAUCAGCCUUGCUCUUAUGGGAGGAGCGUUUGCGGGUUCUUUUGGAGAUAAUUCAAAUACUGUGACUUACAUCCAAGGAAGUGAUUGUCAUAACACAUUCACAGCAGAGACGUAUGUCAUUUCCUUCAUCGGUAUGCGCGCAUGCUCAACUAAGUCGUGGCAGAGCCGCCCGUCAGUGCUGGGCUGGCUUGGAUUGCAUAUCCUUGAUAUCAUAUUUCAAGAUGGUAUUUUUUUUCGUCACACCUGUAAUAUAAAUUCUGAACCAAGCAAAUGCAGAGCGAUGACAUUGAUUAAUCUACCCAACAUUCUGACGUACUACUAUAUCACCAGGGGAAAUCUAGCCACAUUGACUAGUUGCAUGUCCGUCACUUUCGUCUCUCGGCUGGUGCUUAACCUGCACGAAUCUACGGAUGAUGGCAUUUUCUCCACCACCAUCCGGGAUGAUGACCUCAGCCUCGAUGUCUUCACCACCAGAGUCAACGUGAUGUCCUCUCACAAUUGACAUGCUCGUUCUGGUUGAUUGGAUUCUGUUUCUGGAUGUCAAUAUCUUUUUCAGAAUCACUUUUGUUUGACGUUUCAGGAUACUGAUAGCCAUGAUGCACGAGUAAUAUAAUCACUAUUAUAUUUUGUACUGUUCUCUACUUGUAGAGCGUCUAUGUCACUGCUACUCGAGUGCUAGUUUGAAC